ACUUUGCCGAAACGUGGGUUCACAGCGCGGGAGCUCGUGAUCUACGGAGAAAGUGACUGCCCUUAACACUCAGUGGAGCCCUCCCCAAAACGUGUUCAACGUUAAUUUCUCUCCUGGGACAGCUUAUCGACAACUGUUGACCUGUCUGCCUCUGGUGUCCACAGGUUUAGGUCCACGUCUGAGGCUGUGGUGACACAUGAGGUUGUUUUAUAAGCCGCAGUGAAUGCUGUCUGCGUUUUUGGUUUAAAAAAGCCGCACCCACCGUAUUAAUUAAUGAACAAUGUCGACAAAGGUUGAAUUUGGAGUUAUCCAGAAACUGCUGGUGACAGAAGUAACGCAGCUUGGCCAGGCCGUGUUCGUACAACUGGACACCCCCGAGGCCUACCAGGUGCAGGACCUCUCUCGAGAAAUAGAGACCCACGUCUCGGAACGGAACAGAGACCAGUUGAAGUUUGAAACCGGCUCGAGAUGCUACGCCCGUGCCUGUGAUGGGGUUCUGUACCGGGCACUUGUCGUGACCAAGAACGCAGGAACCACGGCAACAGUCUAUUUCACCGACUACGGAAAUUCGGAAGAAGUCGAAAUUUCUGACAUGUACCCGCCUACCGGGUCGUACUUUGACCUCCCGGCGCAGGGUCUCUGCUGUACGUUGAGUGACUUCAUUCCCAAAGAGUCCCAGUGGAGCGAGACCAUUCACGAGAUUCUCGUUGAGAAACUACUCAACCAGGAGGUCCACGGAAUGUUCCGGUCCAUCAGCUCGAACCUUCACCCUUACAGCGACGCCGUCCUACAGGACAGCGGCGGGGGUUGCUACCCGUCCUACAAUGUCACCCUGUUUCAGGAC